CCAAAAAUACUUGUGGUAGUGGCAUAAACGACGAGAGGCAAAACCACAGCCUCCAUGUUUUCCAAUGCAAGAUGUAAUAUGUAUUCCCUUUGCUUUCCUUCUCUCUCUCCUACACCCUAGUAGAGUCUCUUUACUUUUCRGUUUCAGAAAUUUCGUCUCUUUACUCUUCUCUCUCCCUCUCUCUCUCUUGAUCCCAGUACUCUGUUUGUUGGAUUCCACCCCAUUACUGGGAAAAAAAAAAUAUUGAGAUUCAGUGCGGAAUGUUGCUCGUCUCUUGAAAUUUUGUAGAAAGUAAAAGGAUUCAAGAGAUACCCAUUUGAGAAUCAUGCCGGAACCAUUGGUAUCAUCGUCCCCCUCGUCGAAUGAAGAUAAUGACAAUACUUUCGCAACCAAGAAGAAGAAAUCGGAGGAAGAAACGGAGCCCAAACCCUUAGUUGCUGUUGGCCGGAGUAGAUCUCAAGCUGCGGCACGUCGUGUGGCUCCGACCACCACCGUUGCUGUUGCUGUGUCUGUUCCUGAAGCUGUAGCUAUGACAUCUGGUUCACCCACCACUGAAAAACACCUCCCCAACGGAGAUCUGUACAUUGGAAGCUUUUCCGGUAACGUUCCUCACGGAUCUGGCAAGUAUUURUGGUCCGAUGGGUGUAUGUAUGAAGGGGAUUGGAAGAGAGGUAAGGCAUCUGGGAAAGGUAAGUUUUCAUGGCCGUCCGGCGCUACUUAUGAAGGCGAGUUUAAGUCUGGUCGGAUGGAGGGUUCCGGUACAUUCACCGGAUCCGACGGCGACACCUACCGUGGCUCGUGGUCGUCUGAUCGGAAACAUGGGUACGGUCAGAAACGUUACAGCAACGGCGAUUAUUACGAGGGAACGUGGCGGCGGAACCUACAAGAUGGGCAAGGGCGUUACGUUUGGAAGAACGGCAACGAGUACGUCGGAGAUUGGAGAAACGGCGUUAUUAACGGAAGAGGGAUCUUGAUUUGGGCAAAUGGAAAUCGUUAUGACGGCAACUGGGAAAACGGUGUACCGAAAGGUCACGGCGUUUUUACUUGGCCGGACGGCGGUUGCUACGUCGGCUGCUGGAGCAAAGAAAACGUCAAUUUCAAAAACCCUUUUCAACCCCACCAGAUUUCGAAUGGAACCUUUUAUCCAGGAAACAAUAGUGGUGGAAAAGAAGACAAAUUAGGGUUUACCCCCAAGCUUUCUGCUCCAUUGCUGGAGGAUAGUUUUGUGGUUUCAACUGCCAAGAAAAGAUCAUCUGUGGAUGGAUCAAGAGGCAGUUUAACAGAGAGAAAUUUUCCAAGAAUUUGUAUAUGGGAAUCCGAUGGUGAAGCUGGUGAUAUCACUUGUGAUAUAAUCGAUAAUGCUGAAGCYUCAAUGUUGUAUCGAGACGCCAUGGGAUUGGGUCGCGAUGAAAUUCGACAGUUUAGAAGAAAUCCAUGUUGUUUCAAUGGCGGUGAAGCUAAGAAGCCUGGUCAAAUGAUCUCAAAAGGGCAUAARAAUUACGAUUUAAUGCUCAAUCUCCAAUUGGGUAUCAGGUAUUCAGUUGGGAAACAUGCUUCUAUAUUGCGAGAUCUUAAAUCCAGUGAUUUUGAUCCAAAAGAGAAGUUCUGGACUCGAUUUCCACCCGAAGGAUCGAAGCUCACCCCACCUCAUCAAUCUGGCGAAUUUCGUUGGAAAGAUUAUUGCCCGGUUGUUUUUAGACAUUUGAGGGAGUUGUUCCAAGUCGAUCCUGCAGAUUAUAUGCUAGCAAUAUGUGGAGAUGAUGCUCUUCGAGAGCUUUCUUCACCUGGGAAGAGUGGGAGCUUCUUUUAUUUGACACAGGAUGAUCGAUUUAUGAUCAAAACUGUGAAAAAGUCCGAAGUUAAGGUGCUAAUCAAAAUGCUUCCAAGUUAUUAUCAACACGUUUGUCGGUAUGAAAACUCUCUUGUCACAAAGUUCUUCGGCGUCCAUUGUGUCAAACCCGUUGGUGGCAUAAAGACUCGGUUUAUUGUGAUGGGAAAUCUAUUUUGCUCCGAGUAUAGAAUCCAUAGACGAUUUGAUUUGAAAGGAUCAUCACAUGGUCGCACGACCGAUAAACCGGAGGAUGAGAUUGAUGAAACCACCACWCUUAAGGACCUCGAUCUUAAUUACGUUUUUCGUUUGCAACAAAGCCGGUUUAAUGAACUAAUCAAACAAAUCAAUAGAGAUUGUGAGUUUUUGGAAGCGGAGAGAAUAAUGGAUUAUAGUCUUUUAGUUGGCAUGCACUUUCGUGAUGAUAAUACCGGCGACAAAAUGGGAUUGUCGCCAUUUCUGUUGCGAAAUGGAAAGAGUGAUUCAUACCAAAAUGAAAAGUUCAUGCGAGGCUGCCGGUUUCUCGAAGCAGAAUUACAAGAYAUGGACCGUGUGCUUGCUGGCCGGAAGCCAUUGAUCAGGCUGGGAGCGAACAUGCCUGCAAGAGCGGAGAGGAUGAGCAGGCGAAGCGAUUUCGAUCAAUACACUCCUGGUGGAUUCAACAAUUUGACACCUUCAAGAAGCGGUGAAACGUACGAGGUGGUACUCUACUUUGGAAUCAUCGACAUCUUACAAGACUACGAUAUCAGCAAGAAGCUGGAGCAUGCAUACAAAUCCUUGCAAGCCGACCCCACAUCCAUCUCGGCUGUGGAUCCAAAGCUUUAUUCCAAACGGUUUCGUGAUUUCGUAGGCAGAAUCUUCGUGGAAGACAGGUGACAAUUGAUAAUCACCCGAAAACAAGCUCUCACACAACCCGUCUGUGUAAUAUGAUUCAAUCACGAACGUUUUGAAUCUGUCGGGAUUUAUAUACGAAUCGAUGGAUAACGACUGCUGAGUUUUGCGGAAUCGGCCGAGGAUGAUCGGAUUUCGGGUUGUUUGUAAAUGUUGGGUGAGGGAGGGAGGAUUAUGUGUUUUUAUUUUUUUUUCUUGAAUUAUUUUCCUUGAAAAUUUUUGUGGGUAGCAAGGAAUUAUGUUAAAAAAGAAAAACGUUAUAGGAGGAGGAGGGUAGUGUUUGGGAAUAAGAGAAAAUGUACAGGGGUUUGUUAUAGAGUGGAUGGAACGAUGAUGGUGGAUUUUUUCUUUGGAGG